AUGGACUCGUGGUGGGCGUUGUGUGCUGUGGUAGUAGCGUUGACCUGCAUUGGAAAAGGUGGCCAUGCACAGUUGGAUGUGUGCGGCACAGCUCCUCUCAACACAAAGAUCGUGGGGGGUCAUAAUGCAGUGGCAGGGAGCUGGCCAUGGCAGGCCAGUCUGCACAGAUCCAGCGGCCAUUUUUGUGGAGGCUCCCUUAUCAACAAAGACUGGGUCCUGACUGCCGCUCACUGCUUCGCCAGCACCAGCACGUCUGGCCUGCUUGUCUACCUGGGCCGGCAAAAUCAGAAAAGCUUCAACCCCAACGAGGUGUCUCAAACGGUCUCUCAGAUCAUCCGCCACCCCAACUACAACCGUGAAACCAAUGACAAUGACAUAUGUCUGCUGAAGCUCUCGUCAUCUGUCACCUUCACUAACUACAUUCAGCCGGUCUGCCUGACAGCAGGGGGCAGCACAUACUACAAUGGCACUACUAGCUGGGUCACUGGCUGGGGCAAUACCAAUAGCGGAGUGUCUCUGCCCUCACCCCAGACCCUACAGGAGGUGGAGCUGCCAGUAGUGGGGAACAGGAAGUGUACCUGUCUCUAUGCUGGAGUGGGUUCAAUCACAAGCAACAUGAUUUGUGCUGGUCUAUUGGCGGGAGGAAAGGAUUCCUGUCAGGGAGACUCAGGGGGGCCGCUAGUGAGCAAACCGGGCUUAGUCUGGAUCCAGUCUGGUGUUGUGAGUUUCGGAGUAAGCUGUGCUAGACCAAAUUUUCCAGGAGUGUAUGCCAGAGUGUCCCAGUACCAGGCCUGGAUCAAGAGCCAGAUCAGCACUGACCAACCAGGCUUCGUCACCUUCUCCUCCAGUGGGAAUAACUCUGACCUCACAGUCACCUGUGCUGCACUGUCCGGGACUGUUCUGAGGCGGCUGACGUGCCAGCGUGAUCCAUUGCUCAGCAUGAAGGUUGCGGCCCCCAGUUGUCGACUGACCUGCAAGGGGUCCUACCAGAAUGAGGCCAUUUUGUUGCACCGUUGA